UAGUAAACACCGAUUGUCGCGCGUAUGUGCAGCAGUAAUUAGGAUUGAUAUGUGUACAAUAUCGUGAGUGGUGUACAAACAGUCGGACGAAUGUCUUGUGCGUCGCACUCGUCAGGUAAUUGCCACCCGGACGAUUAAACCAUUGCACUGAAAAUUCGACAUGGGACGACCGUCUUUCGCGGGUUUGAUUUUAUUUUAAUAAUAUACACGAGACUAUCUUUAUUAUUAUUAUUGCAUUCUGACCGUCGGUGGGCGCGCCUGUAAUCUGUAUGCCCCACCGACUCCGGUGAUAACGCACACGCACAAUAAUAAUUAUUAUCAUCUCGACGCGAUAACGGAACCGCGUAAUUAUCGAGAAAAACCAACGGCCGAACGAAUCGCGCCCGCCAGUCCAUCACCUUGCCUUCGGACGUACGGAACGCGUACAUCACCGGUUUGCUGGAUAACCAAGCGAACGAACCGUUUAGAUUACCGAAAACAUUCAUCUCAUUUCGUUACCGUGGUUCUUACCGGGUCUAUGUUGCGUCGUUUUAUUUUUUACCAUAUUUUUUCCGUUUCGUCGUUUUGAUUUCAUCGCGCGAGCAAUGGAUCGUUUUUCGAUUCGCUGGACUCGAGCGGACCCGCCGAUCUUCGCACCACUCGUUCCGCGCUGACCCGACGAUCGACAUCGAUCAGAACAGAAGAAAUAAUCACCAUCAACAUUACCGGGGUCGUACCGUUACCACCUAAUCACUCGGGCGCGCACGCACGCACACACGCACGCCGUCUAAACAUGCAUAUCGGACGCCAUAAGAGAUUAACAGCAAGCGAUGGUCGUCGAGUUGGAUCAUGCUUCGAGAUGAAGCCAUGCGGUCUGGAAGCCGCUUGCCAGCAGUUGGAUGAAACGUUUUACAAGUGCGUUUGUCCACAGGACGCCAGUCAGCCCACCGAUGACCUAAAAUGCCCCACGCGAAAAACUGUUCCGGUUUUCCCAAAAUCUUUCGUGAACCUGAGCAUCAACAAGAACGAACAUGCGUCGGUGGCUACGAAGACUCGGCAGAGCACGACGACCAGUCAGCCGAUAAAGACAACCACGGCGAUCAAUCAGACGGCGCCGCUUCCCCGUGACGUGACAUCGACAGGCCAUACGAUCGAUUAUGAAAAACAGUUGGAUAUACGAUUGUUAGGGUUUGCGUUUCAAAUAAACUUAAUGAUAAUGGUGACUGCCAUAGUGGCAAUCGCAUUUCUGUUACUGAUAUUAGCCGUGUGCUGGAGUCGUUCGUCGAAAGGCUGUUGCAGGAAAAAGAAUGUAAAACCAAAGUCCCUUGUGGUGCCGCUGAUGAAGGGUAUGAUCCAGGACGAAUGUUACGCGCUGAACCCGCAAUACGCGGCCCCAUCACCGGCAGUAGACGCCAAGAACACGAUACUGAUACCGUACCUGAGCAAAAGUUGCAUAUCGUCGAUGCAAGAGAUUGGUCAAGGUUAUUUUGGCAAGGUCUACAAAGGCGUUCUCAGACACAAUGAUGGGAAAUUGGAAACGGUCGCGAUUAAGGUGCUCAAAGAUCAUACCAAUGCCGAGGCUAAGGAGGACUUUAUGAGGGAAGUCGAGAUCAUGACGUAUUUCAGGCAUCCAAAUAUCUUGACGUUGAUUGGAGUUUGCCCACAAGAAGACGUGUCUUCACCAUGGAUGAUAUUUGAAUACAUGGCGUACGGUGAUUUGACGGAAGUCUUACGAAAUAGUAAUGAACAAUUUACGAACCGUUCUUUAAACCUACCCAUCGUGGACAAAGACGCGUUGUUAAUAAUAUCCUUACAAAUAUCGGCGGGCAUGAAGUAUUUGGCCACUCAACGGUUCGUGCACAGAGACUUGGCGUGCAGGAACUGCUUGGUGGGACACGACUUGACCGUGAAAAUCGCCGACUUUGGGAUGAGCAGAGACAUUUACACGUGUGACUAUUACAAGGUGGGAGGAUCCCGACUGCUUCCGGUCAGAUGGAUGUCGCCGGAAAGUGUCGUGUACGGCAAGUUCACGUUGGAAUCAGACGUCUGGUCGUUCGGAGUCGUGCUAUGGGAAAUUUAUUCGUUGGGUAAACAGCCGUACUAUGGUUAUUCCAACGACGAGGUGCUGAAACUGAUCCACGAUGGCGUGCUGCUGGACAUACCGUUGGACUGCCCACCCGUCAUCUGCGUGCUGAUGAACGGCUGCUGGAAGAGCGACCCGAAGGAGCGGUUGCGGUUCGUCGACGUGCACGACCGGCUGAAGAACGUGACCAAGCGCCCGGAGCUGGACAGCCCACUGCCCCGGCCGCCCGCAUUGCCGUCCAUCGUGGACCACCUGAGCUUGAAGAAGAUUCCAUCUGAGGAGCUGCUGGACGUCGAGAACUAUUUGCGGCCCGACGAUCCAGGCAACAACGUCGAGUACAUCACGCCGUUCCCGUACUGACGUUGAAAAAAGCGUGUUUCUCAUACUACUUUUUCUUCUCCUCCUCCUCCUCCUCCGUUAAAAUGUCGAAGCCUCCUCAAUCGAUGACGUUAGUCAAUACGCUCAAAUUAUUGUUGUGUACACGGUAAAUGAAUGUUUUUCCGAUGUACUUACUUUUAAAAAAAUAAAUAUUUUAACAGUAUUAAACUUUAAAAUAAAUGGAUUAUGGCCGAUUCAAAACAGUUUAUAAAUACGUCGUGGUCCUCCGGUAAAAUAGCCGCAGGCCUUAGUUCGAGAAUUAUCGUUAAUUUAUUAUUUAUUAAUUGUAUAUUAAUUUGUUGAUUUAAAUUAAACAAUAAUUGUAUUUUCGACAGUCAUCGUAGCUGAUAGAUCACGAUGCACGCACAUGCCAUUGCGUGUAUAUUUUCACUGCGACUCGGCGGUUUCAUUCGGGCGACGGUGUGGUUUCACGUGAUUUUCGAUUGACACGAUUGAGUUUAUCGACAAAUCAAUCGUUCUAGCGCAAUACGUAUUUUGAGUUCUGGAGCACUUUUGGUUUUCAAUGAAUACACAUAUUUCGAUCAUGCAAUCAAUACAUACGGAAUCCGAGCCCUAAUAUUAUAACGAUUGCGAUGUACACAUGUUAAUUUUUGAACUGAAUGUUUUUAGGUGUAAGUCUAUCCUUUAAUACGUCCCAUUUUUUAAUUGUUUACAUUCGUUGUCGGUCGGAAAGACGAGCUUUGAAAUUAUUUAUGUAAUGCUUGAGAAACCUAGUUAUUUUUAAUGUUAAUUUUUUUUUAUACCAAUUAUUAUA